UUUGACUUAACACGAAUAAAAUAGCGUAGUGCUCCGAACUGGAAUACAUUUCAUGUGUUUAUUAUAUUAAUAUCGUUAUUAGUAAUAUUAGUAUUUUGCAUUUUGUACUCUUUGUGGCAGUUGUUGAUUUGUCUACAUUGGUUUUAAUCACGUGCCAAAAUAGCUCCGCCGGUAUCCGACGAUAUGACGGCGGAUACUCAACUCCCGCCGACGCCGACCAAACGUCGACGCUUACCGAUGUGUGUCGGAUGUGGCUCCCAGAUUCUCGACCCGUUCAUCCUGCGGGUGGCCCCGGACCUGGAGUGGCACGCUUCUUGUCUCAAGUGCGCCGAGUGUAACGAGUAUCUUGACGAGACUCGAACCUGCUUCGUUCGCGAUGGGAAGACCUAUUGCAAACGGGACUAUUCCAGGUUAUUUGGACAACGCUGUGCGAAAUGUGACCACAGUUUUCUUAAAAACGACUUAGUUAUGCGUGCUCGCGAAAAUGCAUAUCACAUAGACUGCUUCCGGUGCGUAGCUUGCAGCCGACAGUUGAUACCCGGCGACGAAUUCGCCCUCCGUGAUGACGGACUAUUUUGUAAAGCGGACCACGACGUAGUGGAAAGAGCGUCAAUCAAAGACGAAAAUAGUGACUGUGAAAGUAGUCCGUCAACGAAAAGUACAAGUAGUGUGAACAAUAAUAACAACAAAAACACGAACAACAACAAUAUAGAAAAAUCGAAAAAUCUAUUGAACGGCAAUAUCAAAAGUGAAAAGGGAUUAAAUAGUGAAAGGCGCGAACAUCUGGGACCAGGAAAAAACGGUGUAAAAAAAGACCACAAGCCAACACGGGUUCGGACCGUUUUAAAUGAAAAACAACUUCACACGUUACGCACGUGUUAUAACGCAAAUCCACGACCGGAUGCGCUCAUGAAAGAGCAGUUAGUGGAAAUGACCAAUUUAAGUCCGCGCGUGAUUCGGGUGUGGUUUCAGAACAAGCGUUGCAAGGAUAAGAAAAGAAGCAUUUUGAUGAAGCAGAUGCAGCAACAAGCACAGGAGAAGAAUGGCGGGCGGAUGCAUGCCUCGAUGCAGGGCGUUCCAAUGGUCGCGUCGAGCCCCGUGCGGCACGAGAGUCCCAUGCAGGCGAACGCCGUGGAGGUGCAGGCGUACCAGCCUCCCUGGAAGGCUCUCAGUGACUUCGCCAUGCAGUCGGAGCUCGAUCACCACCCGCCCUUCCAGCAACUGAUGCACUCUUUUGACCACAUGGACUCCGACUAUAACGACGGUCACGUGGACACCUAUCACAGCGCUGAAUUGGACGGUCGCUACGGAUGGGUGGAGCACGACGAAUACGGCCACGGUCCGGGUUCUGUCCAAUCGGACUAUGGCGGGACCCCGUCGGAUAUGUCUAGCCCAAUGAGUCAGUGACUUCGCCGACGACAUUAUUUAGACAGCGCCGAGAAACGUCGGACUAUACACUGAACGCUAUGGCGAAUCACAGGUGGUUAGCGUGUGGCUAUGAUAUAUAUGAGUGAAAACAUCAUUUUGAAUGAUAAAUAAUCAUAUUAUAACGAAAAAUUAACUUAUAUGACCCAGCAUUUGUCAAAUAUUGUAAGACAUAUACAUUUCCAGAAAGUAAAUUCAUUUCUGCGUUGAAGAAGACCGAGACCGUGAAAAUCGCUGCACAAUUGAUGAAGAUAUGGCUGUUCAAAGCGAUGCACCCCGUUUUGGGGUGAUUUUGAGUUGCAUACCUUGUUAUAUAUAUAUUUGAUAGUAAUUUUUUUUUCAGCAAAGUUAAUUUUUCGUUAUAAUAUGGAUUAUUUAUCAUUCAAAAUGAUGUUUUCACUAAUUAAUAUCAUAGCUAACCACCUGUGUGGCGAAUUUACAGUUUUUGUGAUAUUCGAUGGUUAGUGGUUCUUCCCUGCACUGGAAAUGGCGUAUGUGUGACCAGGCGCACGGAUUCACAAUCACACGCGUGGUUUCGAUACUUGCAUCCAUUGACAAGUCUUAGAAACACGUGUUUCACGAGCAUUGAAAUAUUUAUACCAAGACACGUGACCAUUUGACGUUAUUUGUGCAUUGAGUGCUCUGAAUCAAAUACGUGACACAAACGUGCUAUGAGAUAACGGGGCAACCUGUGAGAAAAUAUGGACCAACAUGAACCAUUAUUAGAAAGUGGUCCACGUGACCUGUUGCUACGAUACACGUGUCUUCGUUUUUGUAACCUCAUCGUCCAUGCGGAUACAAUGACAGAAUCUCAGAUCGUAAAGAUGGAAACACACGUCGCAUGUAUUUCUACAUUUGUUUUUAAGUUUACUUGAUACUGCCGGCUUUUGUGACGUCAUUAGACGCUCUGCACAUUACGUCACAGCAGUGCAUGUAAAUUGUAAAUGUUUGUAUACAUUUUAUGUAACGUAUAACAAUUCAAUAAUAUUAAGUGCGAACAUUGUUUUUGCAUGAGAUUAAAAAGUGCGUUGUAUAAUUUCGAAUGUAACCUUUAGGCGGGUCAAAAUAACGUGCACAUGUUGUAUUUAAAAACCUAAAAUAUUAAGGUCCAUCCAAACAAGACAUCGUUCUUUAUUUAGUGAAAUGCUUAGAAACAUUGAGAUCUAUAUUAUUUUAAAAAGUAAAAACUUUAUUUAAUUUCCUUUUUCAUUUAAUACUAGUUUAUAAUGUUUGUGUAUUUUCGUCUAUUUGUAGUGCUUUUUUUUUAUAGUAUAACUGGCUGAAGUUAACGCAAAAUAAGUAAACUGAAACAUGCGUCAGUAUGUAAACUCCACAUACGGAAGUGGACAAUUACUCGUAAAAUACUUGUCAGAUAUGUAACUUUGCAGAAAGUACACAUUUUCUUCAUGUCAUUUUCACACGCUGGUGGUAUAUAUGUUACCUGUAUUUUACAUUUCACGUUGUUAUCUGUUUUGUCAUUGGUUAGUGUCGUGCAUUCUGUUUUCAGGAAUUAUUCUUACUGAAAGUGUGUUUUUUAUCAUAAUGUAAAAUUAAAAAAUACAUGUAUUCUACAAAUUAUUUAUUAUUUAUUUAUCAGUUUAUUUGAAUAAAUGAAUACGGAU